AGACGCCAUUUUGAGUCUUUACCGACUAACUCCUGUGAAUCCGGAUUGCAGGUGACCUACAGAGUGAUCCAGGUGUCGGAUGGCCAGCUGGAGGCGCAGACAGACGGAGCCGCAGCCGUCAGUCUGGUCGCUGGGUUUCCUGCAGCCACACAGACUGUCACCCAGGCCGUCAUUUCCCAGCCGGACGGGUUGGAAGUGGACGGCUGCGCUGAGGCUCAGUACGCCUAUUACCCAGCCUCCAUUGCAGACGGCAGCGCCGGUACCAUGGUGACCGCAGUACAGGCACCCGAUGCACUGCUGGGCCAGAACACCCCCACAGGUCAGCUUUACGUGAUGAUGUCACCACAGGAAGUGUUAACAGGAUCCAAUCAGAGGACCAUAGCGCCACGUACUCAGCCAUACGUAGCAAAGCAAGAAGCUCCUCGGGCCUCCAGGGAUGAGAAACGGCGAGCUCAGCAUAACGAAGUUGAGCGAAGGCGCCGGGACAAGAUCAACAACUGGAUCGUUCAGCUUUCGAAGGCCAUCCCAGAGUGUAACGUGGACUACACCAAGACAGGCCAGAGUAAAGGGGGGAUCCUGUCAAAGGCCUGUGAUUACAUCAAAGAACUGAGACAGAGCAACAUGAAGCUGGGAGACGAUAUCGGCGCUCUGGAGCGUCUGAGAGUCGACAACCAGCUACUGAGACAGGAGGUGGAAGACUGGAAAUCCAAGAAUCAGAUCCUGAGGAACCUUUUGCGACAGCAUGGCAUUGUUGGAUCAUCGAGCUCAGAUCCUCAGUGAAGUCCGUUACCAGCACCGUGUUUGAAGACGACUACAGAUGGGCCAUAGGAGUACUUGAAAUGCUUCUAUACAUGUACCUUUUCAUUGAGCAUGCACAAAAUAAGUCCGUUAAUGGAAAACUGUUUUGAAUAUUUUCACCCUUUGUUGAAAUCCUACAGAUUGUUUUAAAAGUUCUUCAUUUAGGCAACAUACCCAACAACUAGUACAUUAUUUGACUUGUUGGGCCUGCAGAAACUGAUUUUUAUCUUUUUAUUAAUAUUGGAUGCCUUUUAUCAUGUAUGAUUGUCCAUUAAUCUCCAGUACAUUAAGCUCUGAGUCAUACCUGGUAAUAUUCAGCCCUAAGCUCUGUUGUAUUGAUAUGAACUGCUCUCGUAAUAAUGACUCCAGACAUUUCAGUCAUUUUAUUUGUGUUUUAUCACUCUAACUUUGACCAGUUGAUACCAAGUUUAUCAUCCAGACCCUAGUCUGGCUUUACUUUGUCUCUGUUGUUGAGGGCUGUAGUUGCAUUGUAAUGAUGCCCUUACAAAGUCAAGAAGAAAUGGGUCAGGGGUUUUAAGUAUUAAAGGAAAACGCUGUCUUUAUAAUUAAAUUGUAAAU